AUGCACAACAGUGCAGCACAAGGUGUUCUGAACCUUAGGUUCUGCAUGCAAAAACACUGUGGGACAGUGACCCUGCCAAUCAUACCAUUCUACCUACCCCAGCUUGAUCUCCAAAGUCUCCAAAACAGAGACCUACUAGAAUCCCAUGGUGAGAGAUGGACUGAGGAUCUGAGAGACGAUAUGCAUCACGGUGGCCAGUGCCACGGAGACUUGGUGGUCUUAGGGGCAAACACUUUUUCUCAGCCAGUAUGGAAGAAAACAGGUCCAGAUUUGUGGCCAGCAGUGGCCCAAGCACUGGGUGCAGAACAUUUGGCAAAGAAUGCUUGAAUCUCCAAGGAUGGAUUAAGAACUCCGGUAGUGACCAUGCUAGUUGGAGAGGACAGCUGGGUGACACAUGUAGACAACAAUAUCAGGGGUGAGUUUGAUGUGACCAGGUGCAUGUUCUCUGCUGGCAACAUCACAGAGAAGCUCAGGGUUGCCUCAUUCAACUGCAGUGGGGAGACUGUGGUGGAUUUAUAUGCAGGUAUUGGCUACUUAACUAUCCCAUUCUUGGUGCAUGCGGGGGCCAGCCAUGUUCAUGGUUGUGAGUGGAACCCAGAUGCCGUGGAAGCCCUGCAAAGAAACUUGGAGUUAAAUGGACUGUGGCAUCACUGCACCGACCACAAGAGACAACCGAAUAAUCGUUUUUUUUUUUUUUUCAGGAUCCCAUUGUGUAACCUGGCUGACCGGGUGAAUUUGGCCAGCUCUGCGGGUGGCUGGCCUGUUGCCUGUCGACUACUGAGGAAAAGGACCGGUGGCAUGUUGCAAAUUCACCAGAAUGUUACCGCACCACUUCAUAUUACAGACUGUGACACUUCCUCUGUUCCUGUCAUGGAGAGAGUGGGCAUUUCUGGAGGAGACCAAGAAGAGGUGUCUCCUAAGGGGAGUGACAGAGAAGUUUGGGGUGCCUGGACAAAGGACACAGCCAUCCACAUUGCCUCUCUACUGCAGGACAUCACCUGGACUGGCGUCCAGCACAUUGAGCAUGUCAAGUCAUACGCACCUCACAUUCACCAUGUAGUACUAUUCUUAGAAUGCAGGCCACUCUGAGGAGACAAAAGACAGGACUGUAGCAUGACUCUUAUUUGUGUAGUCGUACCAGUGGCGGACUGGGACCGAAAAUCGCCCCUUUCUAACACACCAGCCCAUUUUUUUUCACCUUGAGGCCCCCAAUAUUAGCUAGAUAAUGAGAAUUUUGUGCUAAAAACCCAAAUUAGACAGGCCCACUAGGCAAAUGACCAGUCCAUCUGGCGUACUCUGCCAUUUGUGGCUAUUAAUAAAUUGUUGCACACUAAUUUAAAUGAAUCAGAAUGUGUUUUAAAAAAAAAGAAAAACAUGGUUUAUAGGUUUAUACAAUGUGAAAAUUAAACUGGUGUUUACCGGUUGUUGUACAACUGAUUUUACAAAUGUUUAUACAUGCAAUGACUCUGGCUGCUUUGUGUGAUGUACACUGCUCAAAAAAAUAAAGGGAACACUUAAACAACA